AUGGCUAACGCUCCUCAAUUGUCCAUUGAGUCGCUGCCUGCCUGGGCCACGCUACAGGAUGUGAAGCUCCAACAGGUAGGCAUGCGCCACAUUGACGGGAAAGGUUACGGGCUCGUCGCAGGGACUAGACUGAACGCCUCGGAAGAGGCGAAUGAUGCCCUCGAGAUAAUGAGAGUUCCUGCCGAGCUCGUGUUAUCGGGGGAAGCUGUCGAAGAGUAUGCCAAGGUGGACCAUCACUUCAAACAGCUCAUAGAGGCCGCUGGUCGAAAGGUAUAUGAUAUCAUGAUUUACCUAUUGGUGCACAUAGUCUCGGGAAAGCACCCGGGGGACAAGAAUCGGCGCUGCGUGCCAACUCCGUGGAGCGAGUACAUCAAAUUCUUACCAAAAGCCAUUCCGGUUCCUACUCUCUGGUCAGAGCCUCACCGGCUACUUCUGAGAGGGACAUCAUUAGAGGACGCUCUGGAAGCCAAAGUCGCCACGCUCCAAAACGGGGCCACACUAUCCGACUGGUUCCUCGCUGACGCUUGGUACCGAUCACGAUGCCUGGAGCUGCCGCACGCCAGCCACGCCAUGGUCCCAGCGCUGGACAUGGUGAACCACGCCGGCGCCGGCACCGCGACGGCUUACUACGAGGAAGAGGCAAGCGGUGACGUGUCGCUUCGGAUCAGACCGGGCGCCCGCGUCCCUGCGGGGGACGAGAUCAGCAUCUCGUACGGGGACGGCAAGUCGGCGGCCGAGAUGCUUUUCAGCUACGGCUUCCUCGACGCAGACAGCAGCACCACGGCGCGGCAGUUGACCCUGCGCCUCGACCCCUUUCCGGACGAUCCCCUCGGCCUGGCCAAGCGGCGUGCCUUUGGCGGCGCCCCCGCCGUCACGCUCCGCCAGAUCGUCGGCGGCAACCUGUGGGAGAGCGGCUUUGUGCAUCUCAUGUGCCUCAACGAGGAGGACGGCCUCGACUUUGGCAUCCUGCAGGACGACACGGGCGGCAGGACGCUCAGGGUACUUUGGCAGGGCGACGAUGUGACGGAGCGAGCGCACGACUUUGAGAGCCUACUCCAACAGCACCAGCUGCGGGCACUGUUCCGGCUCCGCGCCGUGACCGUGGUCCAGGAACGGGCGGCGAGUCAGCUGGAGAAGCUGGCCGCCGCGCCGGGUGGCGGACAGCUGGAACCCUUGAUUGCGGCAGGCAUUAUCGAGCAGCAUCACGUAGACCUGGUCUCCGCCCUCAAGGACAUUGAACGCUCUGUACUCGAAGCCGCGGUAGCGGAACUAGAAGAAGAGAAAUCCAGACUUGUGGAAGACGAAAAUGUGGUGGCGUAUUUCGGGUCGAUGGAAGAUGACCAGAAUGAGUUAGCACAAGACGAUGCAACAGCACCAGCCAAUGACGAGGAGGACUUUAGCUAG